GUUUCCACAUUUUGUUGCUUAAAAAUCAGAAACACCUGCUACCGCGCUGAUUUAAACGAGUUUUUCUGCAGCGUGCUUCCAUUAUUUCAGCCUAGUAUUCAUGAACCAAAUCCACCAGUAGUACUGAUGCCCUGCAGGAGAUGACAGCAGCUUUCACUUCCAGGUACACACAUGAACAUCACUCCAGAUAAAACUUAAAUAUUAGGAAAUGUUCUUGUUAAAUAUGCAAACGGAGAAGUGACCAACACGAUGUCCUAAGGCCCCCAGAAACACUGACGCCCCAAACCCAAUGGACCAGCUGACUCUGAGCUGCAUGAUGUGUAAGAUGGACUCCAGCACGGAUUCAGACUCUGAGAUCAGCCCCAGGUGGUCGGACACCAGCACUCUGGUCAAAGCGCCUGAGUCUCUGCUUGCUGUGAGCAGCGCACCUGAAAGCAGAACCUCCCGCCCGACCGUGGCUUUAACAUACAAGUCUGCAGGAAGACAUGGCUGCUAUUCGCUGUGUUUGGACCCGUAUGAUGGGAGCUCAGAGGAUUCUGAGGAGUCAAACGGUGCCAGCAGGGAGAAGAGGCAGCAAGGAGGAUGCAGCGUCUCUGGCCAGAGAAGGCGAUUGUUGCGUCACCACUCCGCCUCUUUAACAGUCAGUGAAAUGGUGACAAACGGCAGCAGAGAUUCUUUAACACAUUAUCAGUCUUUAGUUCAUCAAAGUGUAAGCUAUUCAACAAAGGGGAUCCAUGCUAUGGAUGUAGAGGUGCAGCUUGAUGGCUCCGGGUUGGCUGCAGGUUGCAGCCCUGGACUUCUCCCCCCAGAGGAGAGGAGCUCCUGUCAGAUCGGCAGCUGCUCAUCGCUCAGGCCGCUCUGCAAGAGGAAGGAGCUCCCACCUGGACAGGUGGAGGCGGAGCCAAGGAAGAGGCAAUGUGUUGGAAACAUGGAGGACGAACCUGAUGAACAAUGAUUGAGGCUUCUGGUCAUAAACGCUGUUAAGUCUCAUAUUGUGUCCAGAAAUGCGGGUUGUUUGUUUUUGCUGAUAUUAAUGUUUAAUUCAACUUGUUUUGAUUUCUCAGGAAUAUUUAUAUUAAGUUUCAUCUAAUGGAUUCAUUAUAGAGAUUAGAUUCCUCCUGAUUUUUUAAAAUUCCACUAAUUUUAGCCAUAAUUUGGUCAAAUAAGUUGAAAUUUAUUUCAUUUACACUGAUCGAAUGUGAGCAAAUGAUUAAAAUUCUCCAGGAAUUGCUAUUAACUUGGACCUUUAUGUUGCUGUGAAACCAAAGCUUUUACAAUUUGAGUGUUUGGCGCAAAACGGAUAAAUGAAAGAUUAUCACGUUUUAA